AUGCCAGCUACCAAGAAGGAAGAUUUACCCAAGUUUAUGGAGAAAAUAGACUUCAGCGAAUCUGUUGUUGAUGUUGUGCCAUUCUUGUGGAACACAAUAUUGAGCUGGUUGAUGACAGACCCAGACAGAGACGCUGCUUCAUUUAAGGGCCUCAAUGCCACUUUUAUAGAACUCUUUUUCUUAGCUGUUCAGAAAAUCCGGCCGGUGUGUCCGCUACCCUCGCCAGUCUCCAGCCGGUGUGUGCCCUACCCUCGCCAGGCUCCGGCCAGUGGGUCCCCUACCCUCGCCAACCUCCGGUCGUUGUGUCCCCUACCCUCGCCAGGCUCCGACCGGUGUGUCCCCUACCCUCGCCAGGCUCCGGCCGGUGUGUCCGUUACCCUCGCAAGGCUCCGGCCGGUGUGUCCCCUACCCUCGCCAGGCUCCAGCCGGUGUGUCCGUUACCCUAGCAAGGCUCUAGCCGGUGUGUCCGUUACCCUCGCCAGGCUCCGACCAGUGUGCCCCCUACCCCCGCCAGUCUCCGGCCGGUGUGUCCCCUACCCUCGCCAGUCUCCGGUCGGUGUGUCCCCUACCCUCGCCAGUCUCCGGCCGGUGUGUCCCCUACCCUCGCCAGUCUCCGGCCGGUGUGUCCCCUACCCUCGCCAGUCUCCGGUCGGUGUGUCCCCUACCCCCGCCAGUCUCCGGUCGGUGUGUCCCCUACCCCCGCCAGUCUCCGGCCGGUGUGUCCCCUACCCCCGCCAGUCUCCGGCCGGUGUGUCCCCUACCCCCGCCAGUCUCCGGCCGGUGUGUCCCCUACCCCCGCCAGUCUCCGGCCGGUGUGUUCCCUACCCUCGCCUCUUGAGUAACACUUGCAACCAUAAGGACGACCGAGAACCAGAACCCCUGACGCCUACUGCCGGUACCGGUAUUACAGCUUAA